AAAAAAAAUUACUCCAUUUAUUGUAUUUCCGUAGCUUGAUGGAAGAUUGAAAUGUUUUUUUUUUUUUCUUCCAUCCAUCCCAUCAAUACAUCAUUCUUUCAUAAUUGACAACUUUUUUUAAUUCUAUUUUGGGAAAUAUUUGUUUCUCAUUAGUUUUACCUUUAUUCCUUUUCAUUCUUUUCUCUUACAUCAAAAUAGAGUAUAUAUGAAGUGGCAGAUGAACUUUUUUUUUUUAUUUGAUUCAUUACUAACUAGACUUACGCGUUCUUUAUAUACACAAGGGAAAAGUGGCAUACAAGUAUAAUUGACAUAUCAUUUUUUUUUCCUUCUUUUUCACGUAUAGUUAUAUCAUGACUGAAUUUUCAGACGUAAAUGUGGAUUCUAUUAUUGAAAGAUUAUUAGAAGUGAGAGGGAAUAGGCCUGGGAAACAAGUUCAAUUGACUGAAAGUGAGAUUAAAUACCUUUGUAUAACUGCUCGUGAUAUUUUCAUGAGUCAACCUAUUCUUUUGGAAUUAGAAGCACCUAUUAAAAUUUGUGGUGAUAUUCAUGGUCAAUAUUACGAUCUUUUAAGAUUAUUUGAAUAUGGCGGUUUCCCUCCAGAAUCUAAUUAUCUUUUUAUGGGAGAUUAUGUUGAUAGAGGAAAGCAAUCAUUAGAAACGAUUUGUUUAUUAUUAGCUUACAAGAUUAAAUAUCCUGAAAACUUCUUUAUUCUUCGUGGUAAUCAUGAAUGUGCUAGUAUUAAUCGUAUUUAUGGAUUUUAUGAUGAAUGUAAAAGAAGAUAUAAUAUUAAACUAUGGAAGACUUUUACGGACUGCUUUAAUUGUUUACCUAUUGCUGCUCUUGUUGAUGAAAAAAUCUUUUGUAUGCAUGGUGGUUUAUCUCCUGAUCUUCAAAGUUUUGAACAAAUUCGUAGAGUGAUGAGACCUACUGAUGUGCCUGAUACUGGCCUUUUAUGUGAUCUCUUAUGGUCUGAUCCUGAUAAGGAUAUUUCUGGAUGGAGUGAGAAUGAUAGAGGUGUUUCCUUUACAUUUGGACCAGAUAUUGUUUCAAGAUUUUUACAAAAGCAUGAUAUUGAUCUUAUCUGUAGAGCACAUCAAGUGGUUGAAGAUGGUUAUGAAUUCUUUGCAAAACGUCAAUUGGUUACUAUAUUUUCAGCGCCUAAUUAUUGUGGUGAAUUUGAUAAUGCGGGUGCAAUGAUGAGUGUAGAUGAAACAUUAAUGUGUUCUUUCCAGAUUCUUAAACCUGCAGAGAAGAGAGCUAAAUAUAAUAGUUAUACUGGAAACAAAAAUGCACAAAGAGGCAAAAAGAAGAAUAUGUAAAUUUUAUUUACUUGACGUUUAUCAAUUUCAAUUUUUUAUAUAUGAUAUAUUUUUCUUUUGUUUGUUUGUUUAUUUGUUUGUUAUCUCUACUCUUAUAGCCUUUUGAUAUAAAACACUUACUCUAUUUAACAAAAAAAAACAUAAGCAGAAUGAAGUUUAAAAUACAUUUCGAAUAGAUACAAUAAUAAGAGAACUUGUUUGUCGUAUUAAAAGAUAUUUUCAUAUUAUGGUUAAAGAAAAAAAAAAGACUAUUAUGUUAACAUCAAU